UGCAUAUGAAAAAAUUUCUCAAAAUUUAUUGUUUUGUAAUGGGACCAUUUGCAAAAAAGCCCACUAAUGGAGCUGAACCCAAAGCAGAAGCCAGAAAAACAGAGAGCGGGAGAUCGACAAGAGAAAGAUUGAGAGUGAGAGAGGUUGGGAAGAGAUUACCAAUGGCGCAGCAAGCAGUGCAGAAGAACACAUUGUACGUGGGAGGACUGGCGGAGGAGGUCAACGAGUCCAUACUCCACGCCGCUUUCAUACCCUUUGGUGAUAUCAAAGACGUCAAGACCCCUCUCGACCAAGCCACCCAGAAACAUCGCUCUUUUGGCUUCGUCACCUUCCUCGAGCGAGAGGACGCCGCCGCCGCCAUGGACAAUAUGGAUGGCGCUGAACUCUAUGGCCGAGUCCUCACCGUUAAUUAUGCUCUCCCUGAGCGCAUCAAGGGUGGUGAACAGGGUUGGGCCGCUCAGCCUAUUUGGGCGGAUGCGGACACAUGGUUUGAGCGUCAACAACAAGAAGAGGAAAUGCUACGUAUUCAGGCAGAAAACCGGGCUGCGAUGGAGGAGGCAGAAGAGUUGCACAGAAAGAAAUUGGCUCAAGAGCGAGAAGGGGAAAAAGAAGAAACGGAGAUUAAGGAUGAUCCCAUGGCCAGGGCAGAGGCAGAGGUUUUGAAACAGAAUAACUAAACUAACAGCCGUCGGUUUAAUAUGAUUACACACUGGAAGUUUUCUCCCAUUCCUUCUUAUAAUCUGUAAACUAUUCCUUUGAAAACGAAUGCUCUUAAUAAUAGAUUACAUUGCAGCUUAACAUGAAACUGAUUGGAAAGUUAUGUUGAAGUUGAGCAAUAUCUAUCUCUUGAACUUUUAUUUGUAAAUUUUGCUCACAGAAAAUUACUCAUUUCUGGUGAGGUCAUUUAGUAUGCUAUAGCCAGCCUUCUGGGAAUUCAAUCA